UCCCAUGAGUGAUGAAAAUAUCAAAAUUGAAAAGUGUGUCCCAAAUAUUGAAACUUUGGAUGAUGAUGACAUGCAAAUUUUGAACAAUGAUGAUUUCUUCCAGGUAUAUAUUUAGUUGUCAUUAUAUUACUUAGUAUUAUUGAAACUAUGAGUUGCAUCAAUUUAUAACAUGAUUACUUAUCUUCUAGGGUAAACCGGUUGCAUUGACAUUGGGUUCUAAGAGCAAUAUUGUUGCCUAUGGUACAAUUGUUCAUGUCAAUGCGGUUGGUAAAUUACUUCAUGGUGUUCCAUUACCUAUUAAUUGUAUGCGUGUCUCCAUUGAUAAGGCUUUGGAUGAAUUAGCACAAUUGCCAUGUCCAAUUCCAAAUCAAUGUGAUACAAUUGGUGAUGCUAUUGUAACACAUGUGGGAUGGCCGUCUAACUUGGUAGUUAUGCAAGAUGAGGUAAAUGUCAUAUUAUAUUUAUAGUUAAAUUGUCCAACAAAGAUUAGUGUUGCACCUAACAUGUGUACAUUUGUAAUUUUUAAUCCUCAAAGGAAAAGAAGUGUUGUCCAAAGAAAUAACCCAAUUAUUUCAUCAAGUGUGCCAAGGUCAUUGCAUCUGCUGUAUUGUUAUUGUAACCGUGCUCUAAAUGAUGAAACAAAUAUAUCAAUGAUUUGUGAGGAGGGUUUCUUUGACGAUCAAUAUGAAAUCCUUGUGCACCUUGAAGAUAUCAUUCCCUUUUAUCAUUUGGAUCCCAUAACUGCAAAUUGUAUAGUAAUUUACAUGUGGCAUCUUUAUAAAAAGCUGAAAACAUAUAACAAUGUCCACAAAAUCAGAUUUGUUAAUCCACACAUUAUCCCAUAUGUGGCAUGUGUGACUCGACUGGACAAAAACAGCAAAUUCGAGCAGUUGAAUGAAAGAGCUAGUGUUUUGGCAGAUAAGCUGAGUCAAGCAUCAAGAAAUCAACUUGUUUUGGUGCCACAUAAUGUUGGUUAUCAUUGGAUUCUCACUGUCAUUGAUCCAUAUAAGGAGACAGUUUAUUUGUUGGAUUCGCUUAGUCAUCGCAUUCGUGACGAGGAUUGGAAAUACGUAGUAGAUAUGAGCAUAAGAUUGUUUAAUUCAAACAAGGCAAAAAAAGGGAAAAAACAUGUUACAUGGGAAGUAGUAAAGGGCCCUCGCCAACCAGAUGCGAAACAGUGUGGUUUUUAUGUGAUGAGAUAUAUGAGAGAUAUUAUUGAAGAAUUGGCAACUAUCGAGAGAGAUUCACUUCGAUCAAUAUUCAUCAAACCCCAAUACUCUAGAGAAGAAAUUGAUGAAGUGCGUUACGAGUGGGCAGAAUGCAUACAAGACUAUAUUUAUGACUAGGAGAAAUUGCUGGGUUUGCAAGCUGGGAAUGCAGAAAAAGAACCAGCUGGGAGAAAUUGCUAGGUUUGCAAGCUGGGAAUGCAGAAAAAGAACCAGGGAGAAAUUGCUGGGUUUAAUAUAUAGCUGGGUUUGCAAGGUUGUGGUCUUAUAAACUUAAUUUUGUGGUUUCAUCUUUUGUGGUUGCCAUGAUAUAUUGGAUACUACUUGUGGUCAUGUUUGUUUAUAAACUUAAGUGAAUGUACACAUGUACCGGUUUUUGUUUGAGACAAGAUGUAUAUAUAAA